AUGAAAGGAUCUAAAUCGUUGGAUGAAUCGGGAAAGGGAGCAAUAAAAACACGAAAACAACAUGUGUUGGAACUAAAUGGUUUGUUUAUAUUAAUAAUUUUAUAAUGUUACAAUUGUUUAAUAGCUGCUUUUAUGAUUCAUUUGAUUAAGUAUAUAAAAGCAAGGCAAUGAUUUAUCAAACAUAACAUCUAUAUCAUGUAGUAAUAUUGCAGCCCUAUAUUUUGUUGAGAAAUCUGUAAAGAAGUUUCUCUGUUCAAUCAAACAAAAUAGUGAAAAUACCCAGACACUUUCUCUUUCUAUCCUGGUAUCUGGCAUCCAUGGUGCAUUGCAUGUAAAUUCUACGCCGAAGAUAUGCCAAUAGACCUGACUGGAAAGUUUGGAAAUUGUGCGGGGGUGAUUUCGAAAGUUUAAUAAUAAAUAUAUAGAAUACAUCAAAAGUGCACGGGGGGAUAUCUCCCCCAUUUGAUUCAAACUUUCCAUCGAGACUAUAGAUAGUUAUAGUAUUGACUAGUAGACUUAUAGUAUUGUACUUUCCCAAACUUAUGUCGAAGAUCCUCGGCGUAGGCCACUUAAUAAAAUCAGUUAUUAGGGUACCAUAUCCAGGUAUCUUGAUCAAAAGCACGCUCGUAUAUACAUAUAUAAGCGUGCUUAUGAGCAUACCUUAUUUUGGUAUCUCAUAAGCAAGCCCAUUUUGGCGUGCUUAUGGUUAAAAUGCACCCUGGUCUACCAGAUAAUUACUUUGACUGUGUAGUGCGUAGAUAGAUUAUAGGUUUCCCCAUGUUUCUGUAUAUUUUGGUAUUAUUGUGUGCAGACUCCAUUUUCUUCACUGCUGAGAAGUUUGGACUAAUGGUUGAGUUUAUUAAUCGAGUCAUUUUGUUGUUUGGAAGGAAAAGGAUUGCAAAACAUGAACAGUUUGCCGAAGCGUUACUCUAUAUGUGACUUAAUUCUGGACAACAACAGUAUUACAAAAAUUGAAAAGUUGGAUGCUUUUCCUAAACUAUCUUCGGUAAGUUAAUUUUUAUUUUCAUCAACACAAAAUUGUUGCUCGUAAUAUAUUUUUUCAAAAUAUGUAAUUAUGAUGAUUUUUGAUGAUGAUGAUUUUUUUUUAUUAUGAUUAUUUUUUUUUGUACUGAUGAUUUUUGUUAUUUCCUAUAUCCAGUUGUCUGAUCAAUUUUCAUUUUAGCUGUCAAUGGUGGGCAAUUAUUUGGUGAGGAUGAAUGGUGUAAACUUUGGAAAACAUUUGAUGUCGGUUAAUCUGUCAAACAAUGGUAUUGUGUCAAUGGAAGGUACGGUAUUUAGACUUUUCCAACAUUUCUUUUCAAUAUUAACCCUGGGCAAGCUGAACACCAACACAUACAAAAAAGUAUUAAUUUUUUGAGCAGCAGCUCUCUCCCCUUGACGAGUAAAAUCCUCUGGCGUUAGACAGAGUAAAAUAAUAAAGUAGGGUGCAUCAGGGUGCAUUGCCACAUAAUGGAAGCAUGAAGAGUUGUCUGAGAUAUAUGAAAUAUUUAAUUUAAUAUAUUUACUGUCAUCACUUAUUCUACACAGCUAAAAGUUAUCAGGUUGUUGCAAUAUUGAUGAAAACAGGAUUGAACAAUGUUGAUGAAAACAGGAUUGAACUAUCAUUGAUGAAAACAGGACUGAACAAUGUUGUGCUGUCCACAAUGUUCACAGUUGUCAACAAUACUGUUCAAGCAAUAUUGUUAUACCUGAUUCAGGCUCAACAGUAUUGUUCAAUAUUGAUUACAAGUGUGAACAACAUGGGCAGUACAACAUUGUUCAAUCCUGUCAAAUAGCAGGCUCAUAAUUUUUACUAUAAUGUAGGUACUUGUUUUUUUCUUUCGAGGUCUUUGUUGGUUAGUUCACUUGGAAUAUCUUGAUUUAUCAAAAAAUAAAAUCAAGGUAAAAACCUAGUAAUUCAUCACUAAAAUUUGUAUUACUAAAAUGUAUUACCUAUUACCUGUGUAUCCUAUUUUUUAAAAUUGUUUUAUUUUAGCGCAUACAAAAUGUAUCUUAUUGUACAAAAUUGAAACACAUGGAUUUGUCUGAAAACAGGUGCUAUAUGUGAUAAGGUUCACAAUUGAAAAUUUUGUUUGUUAAUUUAAUAUUUUGGCAUAAAUCUACAGUACAGAAUACUGUUUCCUUUUUCAGCAUUACAGAUAUAUCUAACUUGAAAAGUCUUGUCCAGUUAGAGGUAAUGUAUCAGUUAGAGAAUAAGUAUACCGUAUGUAAUUAUGGAAUUAUGAUAAGUAUAAUUAAAAAUAAAUUAUAAAAAUAUUAAAUAAUAAUAUUAAAGUCAUAUUAAUUUGUAUAGCAUCAGGAAUCCAUAUGUUGCUCUAUAUGUCCAGCAGUUUUAAGCCUAAUUAUCCACAAAUAAUCCUUAUGUCAAAAACCCUAACUCUAAAUAUCCCAACUUUAUUCUUAAUAUUUCUUGGAAAUUCCCUGAGCUCUAGCCACUUAACCAUUAACCCAUUAAGCUGCAGAGCUUCCCCAUUGUCAAGUAAAAUCAUCUGGCAUUAGACAAGUAAAAAAAAAGUAGGGCGCACUGGGGAACAUUAGCCAUUCCGAAGUUGAUGAGUGGACUGGGAACUAGUGUUAAAAAAGUGCCCAAAUUAAGAAAUGAACCAAAUCACUAAAAAGACCACCUCAAAAUUAGUCCGUAUACAAAGUUUGAAGACAUUUACAUGAAUAUCCUUAGAAUAAUAAGCUUUCGAAAAUCGUGAUAUUUACUAUGAAAUGUGUUGUAAUUUUUGUUUUUUGGACGUGCGUCCCCAAAACAAUCUUUUAAUCAGUAAAUUCACAAUUUUCGAAAGCUUAUUAUUCGAAUGGUAUUCAUGUAUACAUCUUCAAACUUUGUAUACUGACUAAUUUUGAGGUGGUCUUUUUAGUUAUUUGGCUCAUUUCUUAAUUUGGGCACUUUUUAACACUCGUCCCCAGCCCUCUCGUCAACUUCGGAAUGGCUAAUUGCGGCUCAAUGGGCUAACCAUUUAAAUUAUUUAAAUUUUCACAGGCUUUACUUCUGCAUGGUAAUACUAUCACAACACUAGAAAGGUACUGUAUAGAUUUUCUGUCUAACAAAUACAUUCAUUAAUUUUCCAUGAUAUACUUUGCACUCAUUUAAACCAGAAUUCAUCGAAAACGAAAGCUUGAUAUUAAACCUGGUUGAAUAAACUUCAAAGCUGCUAUGUAAUAUAUAAAUGUUGAUUUGUUUUUCAAAGAGUUGAAGAGAAAUUACCAGAACAAAUUGGAACACUUUCACUUUCUGAGAAUGGCAUUUCUGACUUAAAUGAGGUGACAGAUUUUCCAUUUCUUAAAUUGAAUGCAGAUUUGAGAAAAACUUUUCAGUUCCUCAAUAUUUUUUUGGGAGUAAAAAUGUUCUGAUCAUUUGUCAUUAUUUUUUAAAUUGUAGGUCCGCCGCCUGUCGUGUUUGCUAAAUUUGAAACACUUUUCCAUUAUGAGCAAUCCUUGUGUUAUGACAACAUCGUCUUUGCCGUAUCCUUACAUAAGAAACAACUUGGUAGAGAUACUACCUGAAAUUUUAAGUUAGUUACGUUUUGUUAUUAGGGAGUUUAAGCUUCGCGUUCAUACGUCAAAUGGCAAACACUAGGGGAAGAAUAAAUUCACGCAACAAGGUAAUAAAUGGGAAAUCAACUUGCUAUUUUAAGACUGUAAUGUAUGAUGAUUCUUUUGAGAUAAGAACGAGAAGAUGAAGCGAAGAAGUUAAGCAAAAAUUCUGCCAACAAAAUUCGACUAUGCCGUUUACCGUUCCCGCAAACGUGAAGCUUAAACUCCCUAUUAUUGGCACUACCCACUGGAAAAAAAUGUGAAAUCCACACUACGAAACUUGCAAUUGCACCGCUAAAUCCAUAGUAUAUCCAUACUAUUUCGAUACUAUAUCCAUACUAUGCAAAUAUACAAUUAUUAUGGAUAAUCAAAAUCCAUUCUAUUUCCAAUAAAGGUUUAUACAAUUUCCAUUCUAUGACCUUCCAGGGGUGUAGGAAGCAUCAAAAAGUUUGAGGUGCACUUUUGGUAUGAAAAGGGCACCUAAAAAAUUUUUCCCGAAAAUGUUGGCGACGGGAGGAUAGGAUAGGAAAAAUAAAUGCAAUCAUAAAUCAAAGGCCGUUGAGGUCGACUCACGGAUGAGAUCAAAUGAGAGUGACAGAAAGAAUUAAAACAGUUUGCAGCUGUUUUUGCAAACGAGCACUGUGUAAAUUUUACCAUUUGUCGUGCUCCAGCCCGAUUUCUGGUUCUGAAACGGACCCGAUUAAGUAAUCACAAAGACUCACAUAUGUUGCAACAUCCGUGAGUCAAAAAUGCAAUCUGAACAACAUUUUUCACGAAGGCAAAGGGCACUUUGCCACCGGAAAAAGGGCACUUUUUGUGUCUUCUGAAAACUUGGAGGGGCCUUGGCCCCCUCAGACCUUCUAUGGAUUUUAAAAUGUUUUCCAGUGACCUACACUUUCACAGGCCGUAUAAGAAACAAAAACACAAAUGAUUGUCUUUGAAAUAUGGUAUUUUUUGAGAAUUGUAUAAUGGUGGUGGAUGGGUAUCACGGUUCUCUCAAAAAUAUGCACCCCCGAGAAUUUUUUUCUCUCCCAGAUGAGCUUAGUCUCGAUCCUCCUUGAAAUACUACAGUAAAAGAAUGGCGUGUGUGUAUUUCCUUGAUAUACUAUUAUAUUUCAAAGUAGGUUUAACUUUAGACCAUUUAUUCUGUCAUGCUUGCCUUCUCUUCUUACAUUGGAUGGUAGCGCUGUGACAGAUCGUGAAAGGUAAAAUACUAAAGCCUAGAUGAAACGACGAUGAAAGUGCAUCGGAGUUGGCAGUCACGCUGUUAGCUGUUCUUAAUGCUUUUCUAACAGCAACACUAUUAGCCUUUUCCCAAAAGAGAUCACAGUGCAUUCUGGCAUCGUUUGGAGGGGCAAAAUGUAUGGUGACAGGCGUCAAAUAUGUGAUAGAGUAGAAUUAUCUACUAUCAAAUAUCAACUUUUACACGACCAAAAAUGAAAUAUCUCCUUUUUACAUUAAACUUUUAAUUUAAAUGUGUGCUGCCAUAUUUCUUGUCCCUCUAACAAGGGAUUCGCGCGACUAGAUCCAGGACUUUGGGAAAUGGCUAAUUGUGUACUUUAUUUAAAUUGGAACACUUGUCAAACUUUUAUUUUGAAAAGUAGAAUACUAUGAGUAUGGUAUAGUGAAGAGGAUCAGAACACGAAUUUUUUCAUUUUCAUUCUUAAACCAUGAUGACAGACUGAGUUGACUGGAUGUUAUCGCGCGUCUCCAAAGUCUCAUCAUCUCGUCAUCAAAAUGUGAUCCAGCUUAAAGUUGAUGAGAAUGAAUAAGAAGAGUUGACCGUCAAACGUGAGAGAAAGUUACAGCCCUCAUCAACUGUCAUCUUCAUUUUUCCGAGGCUUUACACUUACAGGAACAUAUAGAGUUCAUUUAUUUCUGUGAGACACAUCGCACAACAAAUAUUCAAAUCUGUUUUAGUCACAACUAGAUGAAAUCUUUCGUAUGGACGAAAACAUUUCUCGGGAAAUAUAUUUUUGAACCUCCAUCAUAUUUUUGCAGACAAGAAUCUGAAAGAUUGAGUCGAGACGAAAAUCUUCCAUUGUUCACGUUUGGACAUCAUUCACAGCUAGUUCUUUACCUCAGUAAAACUUGUCCGGUGCCUGAUACGAAUCAGGUAACGCUGAGAUAAAUUUGCUUGUUUUACAAAUCUCUAAACUUCCGUAGUUUUAUUAUUUAUUUUGAAGGUAAUUCGUGGAUAAAACCAGUUGACGUUGACACAUUGUGCUGUGUUUACCUAGAGGCCCCAAAUUUUUAAUGAUCAUUUUAGGUUAGCAAAGAUCAAAGUGGUUUCUUGGAAGAUUUCUUGCAAAAACGACGAAUGGAAAUCUUUGGAGAUCAGAAGAGCGCGAAAGUUACGAGGAAUGCGUUUCCUUUGAACAAUAAUGUUUAUAAGUUUGAAGAGUAAGUAAUGUAUUCAUCUUUUGCUUGCAUUGUAACUUGAUAGCCGCUUCACAUUUUUUCUCUCUAAACGCAAAGGAAUUUCUUUAGUAUUUUAAUUUUUGAAUUCUUCCCUGUUUAGACGUGAUGUGAAAACAAUUGACACCCUGCAAUUUUCCAGUUAUUCUGUUCUGGAUUUUCAGAAUGGAAGUGGAAAUUUCUCACCUGAUGAAGGUAGAGACUGAUGACUAAAGAUUAAACUGUAUAUUUUGAUUGUAUAUUUUUAAUUCAUCUUUAGCAGUAAGUUACAUGCAGUACUAUUAACUGCAUGACACGCAAGAACUCCCUUUACAAAUGCCAGAACUCCCUUUUCAAACGUAAGAACUCCCUUUUCAAAUGCCAGAACUCCCUUUUCAAAUGCCAGAUCUCCCUUUUCAAAUGGCAGAACUCCCUUUUCAAAUGACAGAACUCCCUUUUCAAAUCGCAGAACUCUGUUUUCAAAUGGCAAAACUCCGUUUUCAAAUGCCAAAACUCCUUUUUCAAAUGCCAGAACUCCGUUUCCAAAUGCCAGAACUCCCUUUUCAAAUCGCAGAACUCCCUUUUCAAAUCGCAGAACUCUAUUUUCAAAUGGCAAAACUCUGUUUUCAAAUGGCAAAACUCCCUUUUCGAAUGGCAGAACGCCCUUUUUCAAAUGGCAGAACUCCCUUUUUAAAUGCCAAAACUCCUUUUUCAAAUGCCAGAACUACCUUUUCAAAUGGCAGAACUCCCUUUUCAAAUGGCAAAACUCCCUUUACAAAAUUUAGAAUAUGUUUUUGUCUUCCUAUUAUGUGAAACCGUUCAAACCUACAGCAAUAAAAGUGAACUUCUAUUUCUUUAUUUUCGUUUUAGAAAGUGAAACUGACACACUGCGUUCUGAGUCGAGAUUUUUGCCAGUCUAUUCUCCUCUGAAGAAAUCUCCAGGAAGUGGGUGUAUUUAAAAUGCUGUCUUAUCGUUUUCAUUUUUUGCUCAGAGAAGCAACGAGUUAUUAAUUGCGUUUGAUAUCCUCAUUUUCAGGACAAUUUCAAACUUCUCUAUCCUGGGAAGCUUCGCCUCCGAACAACGAUAUGCCAAGCAUGGCCGAUGACCUCACGAACGUGUCCAUAGACAUGCCGAUCAUGACCGAAGAAGAAGCGAACAAGUUGAUAAAUUUAGCUGCAACAAUCUUGCAAUCUCAUAUCAGGGGUUUUUUGGUUCGUCGUAAAUUUGAUUAUAGAAAUUUCAAGAGAAUGUAUACAGCUGCAAGUAAAAUUCAAGCGCUGUGGUAAGUUGGAUCACUUUUAGGUUUUCUUUCCACGACGGUAGUGUCUUUCCCUUUACCACUAUGACUAAAGUUCAAUUCCAGCAAUACGGAUGACACUUACCGUACUUGAGUUAAAUGAAGAAGACCAGUUUAGAACUGAUAGAAAUAUUUUGUAUUGAUAAGUUAUUAUUAUACAACUAUUUUCUUCGGGUUUGUAUAAUUAUGAAAGAAUCUCACGAUAUAUUUUUAGGAGAGGAUAUUACUUCAGACACUGUAGCAACCAAGGCUUGAACUUUAAAAAUGAACUACGAGUCAGAAGACUUCAGAAAUAUAUCUCCACCUUGUGUUUGAUCAUGCAGAAGUAAGAUCAUACUCUGACAGUUUGGAAAUUGGAAAGAUGUUUUAUAUAAAAGUUGUAAAAAUUUAGUUUGUCUUGUUUUGUUUUGAUAGAUCAGAAAAACAACACGAGGUUGAAAAACAACAAAUGUUGGAAAUAAUCACGUUACUUUACGAAAAGGUUAGUAUUUCGGAGAUAGUGAUUUUGAAGGUAUAUUUAGGAAAAAAUGCAUAAAUAUUGUAAAACUUGUGUGAUGAUGCAAUCAGUAUUACAGUUCAACGAGUGGCCAAAGUUUACCAGUAUAUUAUUUUUAGUUUACUCAGCUAUCUGAAAAAGUGGAAAAACUGGACAGCUCCAGCAACGAAAGCAACAGAAUGGAAAGAAGUGGUAAGAACUAUUGAACUCGCUACUUUGGAAACUUAAUAACUUUCAAAAAUGGUCUUGUAUCAAACAUCAAAAUGUAGUUGAGUUAAAUUUAGUCUUUUCUUAUUUUUUUAGACGAGUCAAGAAAUGGUUUGGAAGAAACUCUACACCCGGUGUUCAUUCCUCAUCCACGUUUGUCAGGAAAUAUUGAGCAGAGAGAAGACGUAGGAAAGACUGAUCACACAUCAAGUAUUGUACGAGGAUUCCCUGAAGAUGCUGGGUAUGACUUGAAAGUGGACGUGGAUUCAAAGAAUGUUAUUGGUUUGUGGGAAGAUGUUGAUUCAAUAAAUAACAAGAAGUUUGUUAAGAAUCCCGAUGAUGGUACGGAAUUUCAUGGUGGAAAUGUUGACGUUGAUCAUUUGGAUUUAGGGGCACCAAAACAGGAUAUCAUGGAGAAACGAGUUACAUUGAUGGAUCAAGAGGAUCAUUCUGAGUGGUAUAAGAAGGUACAAACGGUAGAGAUUAACAGGGUGGAAGAGGAUGAAAGAUUGGAUCAAGAGGAUGAUGCUCACUGGGAUAAAGAUUCGGAAAAGAGUGAGGAUACCGAGGUAGAAGAUGAUAAAGAAUGCUAUUCUGAGGGUGCAAUCGAGUGGAAUGGUCAUGAGGAAGGUACAAAUGAGGAUAGUUACGCACAUAAAACAUCCAAUGUACCCGAUGAUGAAUUAUCCACUGAUAUUGCUGCUGAAGACUUCACUGAAAAUGAAACGAUGUCAAGUGAAAUGAGUGAAGCAUUUAAUACUGCAAAUGUUUGUUCACUGUUGGAAACUGUAGAGAGUGACAAAAAGCAAGGGAUGGAAGAAACGUUUCGACUUCAUGGAGAUUCCAAUGCAAGAGAGGUCUUUAAGAGUGUAGAUGUUAUUGCAGAUGACUUUUCUGUCAGCUCUAGCGGAGAUUUAAAUGGCAAAGAUAGUCAAGUCUAUGACGAUGACUUAGGAGAACAAUUUGAUAGUGGAAAACCACCAUGUUCAAAUAUUGAAAAUGAUCAAGAAUUAAAAAAAGAUACAACAAGUGAGGAGUGUGAUAAGCAUGUUUCAACAAAGUCUGAAGACAGUGACAGUGACGUUAACAGCGAUAAGGAACUUGAUAAUGUUAGCGAACAUGUAUUGAACUCUUCAGAUGUUGAAGACAACGUUGCUGAGAGGGUUAGUGAACAUGGAGGAAGGUCUGGGGGUGCGCAUAGACAAGUUGAAGAAAUUCAACAGGAAGUUCAUGAAAGAAUGUCAAUUGAUCCAUCUGUGGACAGUCCAACUUGGAGUGAAAAUGAAGGUAAUGUUAAGGAAAACUAUAAUUCAAAUGAAGCCAGGUUUAACCAGGUAAACAUUCAUGGUAACAGCCAUGAAGACAAGGCUAUGGAAGGUGAUAAUGGUGAACAGUUUGGGAAGGAUUUGACACUCGAUGAAGGAUUUGUAAGCAAGGUUGAUGAUUCGAUUGGGACAGCUGGGCACUCAGAAUUUCGUGUUGUUCAAGAUACAAGAGUAAAACUUGGUGAAGAAGCAGAACUAUCUUACAAAAACCAAGAGAUUGUGGAGAAACCUGCGAUGACUCCAUAUGGGCACACUGAGAGAAAAUCGGAUGAUUGUAUUACGGGUGAAUCUCUAAAAGACUCAUUAGAUCAGACCGCGUCCUUCUCACACGAAGAUGACACUAUUGUGGACUUCACUGGUGACUUACAAGAAAUAAUAACCGGUGAAGAUAACAAUGUUGACCAGUCUCUUGCUGGCGUCGAGAACAAAAACUAUGUGGUGGCGAAUGUUGAGAAUAACAUGGCCGAUACGGAGAGUAACAAUGAAUCUUGUGAUAGGUUACAACAUGACGACACUGAAGAUCCUCAUUCAAACACCAUCGAAAUGAAGAAUACUAUCAAGGAAAGUGUUAAGAGCGACGAAGAGUCUGCCUUUGGUAACCUUUCAGAGAAAGAAUCAGUGUCAGAAAGUACAUCUGAAACUGAAAUGAAAAUCUCACCACGACUCAGGGAACGAGCGUCAUCACUUUUAUCCGCUCUUAAAGAUGAGAUCACUGGUGGUAAUUCAAAGGAUAUACAAUCAGAGCAAUCUUCGACAUACCUCCCGUCAGCUACGCGUACUUCUGGUGUUGACGACACAAAGGAUAACGAACCUGACACAACAAGUGAUAUUUCUGCUUCUGACUCCCAAGAAAUAACAAACGCCAAGAAAUUAUAA